UGUUUGUCUCUGGAAAAGCAGGACGUAUUGCACCAUCUGACUUCCGACUGCACUACUCGGCCUGAGAUCCACUCCACAACAUGGAUAUUUCGUAUGAUGAACUGAAGGAGAAUAAUGAACAGCUGAGAACGGAGAUCAAUCAAUACAGAAUACAGCUUGCUGAGCUUCACCACAAAGACUACCAAGUACCCGAUGGAUCCAUCAGAGACGAACUUCAGAGUAUAUGCAGAGCAAUUGACACCUGGAUCUCAUACGCUUCGGACGGACAAGGUGACAGGGUGAGAAAGAGGUUCAAACUCGCCAUUGAAAACGAGGAAAAUGACGCAAGGCUGUCCGAUCUAGGUCUUCAGCCAGAACGCCCUGCGACAUCAGAUGCGAAAUUAAAAGAGUUCAAGUGUUUAGGCGAACUUCAGGAUUUCAUCCUGACCCUAGUGAUUGGACGUUGCAUCUUUACCUCUAUCCUGGCACAGGUGUACCCCGUCGGGAUCACAGAAGAACAGUUGAGGUCCACAGUCUGUCAAUGGAAGUCUGAUACCUUGAAAGCAUUUUGCGCUUCUGAAAGCUUUAGUAAAAUGCAUAAUAAAGCUCUUCUGGAAUACGAACAGGACUUGAUGUUGGACUUAAUCUACUGGCUUGGAGAGGAUCGCUUUGGCGCUUACAAGGAUCGGUUGAAAGAAUCAGUAUUCGAUCCGGCCGUUAAGCUGCAUCUGGAUAUGCGCUGUUCCAGUCGAGAGUAUGAAGUUAUUUGGAUGCCCGAGAACCCAAAAUUGGAUGCGACAAUUGUUCAAGAGCUCGCUCACACAUGGACGCUGAAAGAUAUAAGUUCUUGGAGACCAGUGAGCAGCCUUGAUCCGGAUCAUGGUCUUCACUGGCUCUUUCCUGGUCUCACAAGUAUUGGAACUGAAGAUGGAGAGAAGUUAGAACUGGUCAAACCCGUGAUGGUGGUUUACAAAAGACCUCCUCCUUUGCAGUCUAAACGCUCAUUGCCACCAUCAACUAGUUCUUCUCCAGGGCCAAACGAAACAUCGUCCGGCCAGCACACAAAAGAUUCAACUCCCAAGCACUACAAGGCGUCUAAAGACACAAGUAGCGGCGCAUCAAAGCAAGGCUUCAUGAGUAGAGCUGCCAGCAAUCUUUCAAGUAUUCUCAGCCCCACUCCUAGUCGCAAACCAGAGGAGACCAGACCUCCCCCAAAGCGCACAGACACUGGAGCCUCAUCAACUAGGCGCCCAUCCCAUGACCCUUCCAGAGAAGCAAGAAGGAAGACACCGAUGCAUCCUGACGAAGAGGCGCAUCCAAGUGACCCAUACCAGGGAUAUAGUCGAAGUUCGGAUCAGGAAGCACCAGCAUCUCCGUCAUACCAGGGACAGUAUCCUUUCCACUCAGAUCACGCCUCCUACAGUACCCAUGUUCCUUUGAGUUCUGAACCCCUGGAACUAGAUUAUACGUACGUUGAUCCGGAAGAGAUGCAACGAAUGUACUACCGGAAAGGAUAUCAAUCUGCCAGUGUUCGACAUAGUCCAGCUCAUGGAAACGAAUACGGUAGUGGGGGUCAUUAUCAGAGUCCUGGUCCGUCGUAGUGUGAGAGAUAGAAGUAAUGAGGGAUGCACGUGAGGGCGAGAAAGUUGAAGU